AUGAAAAAAAAAAUUUCUUUACAUAUAAAUUUAUUAAACAGUACAAUAUAUUGUUAUUUAAAAUUUAAACCAAUGAAGUUACAUUAUUAUAUUUAUAAUUUAUCUAAAAAAUAUGAAUUUAUGAUAUUUUUUAUUUUUAUAAUGGAAAGUCAUUGCAUUGUCAAAAGGAUGAAGGAACAAACGGUAAUUCAAAGAAUAUUACAAGAUUAUGAUUGGAGAGUUAGACCUAGAGGAAAUAAUGAAAGUUGGCCAGAUACUGGAGGUCCAGUUGAAGUAAAGGUAAACAUUUACUUACGCUCAAUUUCAAAAAUUGAUGACGUAAAUAUGGAGUAUUCCGCUCAAUUCACAUUUAGAGAGACAUGGACAGAUCCACGAUUGGCAUAUCAAAAAUUUGCUGAUGAAAAUACAGAUGUUCCACCUUUUGUUGUACUAGCAACUAGUGAAAAUGGUGAUCAAAGUCAGCAAAUAUGGAAACCAGAUUCAUUUUUUCAGAAUGAAAAAGAAGCUAGAAGGCAUAUGAUAGAUAAACCAAAUGUUCUUAUUAGAAUUCAUCCUGAUGGAAGUAUUUUGUAUAGUGUUCGUUUAAGUUUGGUUCUUAGUUGUCCAAUGUCUUUAGAAUACUAUCCAUUAGAUCGCCAAACAUGUUUAAUUGAUCUUGCUAGUUAUGCAUAUACAACAGAUGACAUUAAAUAUGAUUGGAAAGAAGUUGAUCCAAUACAACAAAAAGCUGGAUUGAAGCAAAGUUUACCAUCUUUUGAAUUACAAGAUGUCAGAACCGGAUACUGUACCUCAAAAACAAAUACAGGUGAAUAUUCAUGUCUUCAGACACAAUUAUUAUUACGACGUGAAUUCAGUUACUAUCUACUUCAGCUUUAUAUACCAUCUUUCAUGUUAGUUAUUGUUUCAUGGGUUAGUUUUUGGCUGGAUAAGGAUUCAAUACCAGCAAGAAUAACUUUAGGAGUUACAACAUUACUUACAAUGACAACUCAAAGUUCUGGUAUAAAUGCAAAAUUACCUCCUGUUUCAUAUACAAAGGCAAUAGAUGUAUGGAUUGGAGUAUGUUUAGCUUUUAUUUUUGGUGCUCUAUUAGAAUUUGCUUUAGUAAAUUAUGCUGCAAGAAGAGAUAUGAGUUUGUAUCGAAGAAUGUUAACAGCAAAACAAAGUAGUGCUCAUCAUAUAGAACAUUAUCGAGGAUAUCAACCAUUAACGACUGUUCAACCACGAUCUUCAUGUUGUUUUAAAUUAUUUGUCAGUCGUUACAAAGAAAGAUCUAAACGUAUAGAUGUUGUUUCAAGAGUAGUCUUUCCAAUUGGAGAAUAUUCAUGUUUAAGAACAGAAUUAAAAUUAAGAAGAGAGUACAGUUAUUAUCUAAUACAAUUAUAUAUUCCUUGUGUAAUGUUAGUUGUCGUUUCGUGGGUCAGUUUUUGGCUAGAUAAGGGUGCCAUACCAGCACGAACAUCAUUAGGUGUAACAACUUUACUUACUAUGACAACACAAGCAUCUGGUAUUAAUUCCAAAUUGCCACCAGUAUCUUAUAUUAAGGCAGUAGACAUUUGGAUUGGAGUAUGUUUAGGAUUUAUUUUUGGAGCUUUACUUGAGUAUGCAUUAGUAAAUUAUCAUGGAAGACAGGAAGCUAUAAGAAAAGACAAAGCAAAAAAAAAUCCUAUAUCACUUAAUAAUAAAGAUAAUUGUAUAUGUCCCCCAAAAAACAAACAACAAUCAAGUAUUCUUCCAUUUGCCAAUGCUGGAAUUGACAUAAUGAAUUUUAAUAAUCAUACUAUUCUCGAUACAUAUAAAAUUCCUAACAAUGAUAAUUUAAGGCAAGGAACAAAUGAAACUAAAAGAUUUCCAAGUUUAAGAUUAGAUUUAGCAGGAAUGUCUAAAAUAAAAAGAAAUAAAACAAUUUUACAUAAAUUAAAAAUAACAAAAUGGAUAUUUACAAAAACUGAAGUUUCAAAAAGAAUAGAUCUUGUUUCAAGAGCAACUUUUCCAUUCUUUUAUAUAUGUUUCUUGGUAUUUUAUUAUCUUACAUACUUUACAGAUUAUAUGGAAAGUAAAAAAAGACAAUAA